AUGUUUCCAUCUGACCAACACAAGAAACAGAGGCUGCACCCCGCUUAUUCUGAUCAUCCAUCCACAGGAUCUCAUCAUCCGGUUAUUGAAGAUGCGUUUCACAACUGCCUUCACAUCAGCAGCGUUGCUUCUUCAGACUCUCAGUGCUCUUCCCCAGGAGAUUCACCAACCGAGGUUCGGCACGGGUUGUUUGAAGACAUCAUCGCCGGGGUAUCUAUCAAUGUGACCGGAGCGAAAGAUGCCGUCGCCAAUGGGUCAACAGCGCAGUGAGCGGAAUCUCUGUCUCCGGCAAGGUGACCGCACUCAAGGAUGCCACUCUCAAUGGACUUGACAGCGCAAAGAACGGAGCGAAAACUGCAGUGUCCAGCAUAGGUGCCGCAAUAACUAAAGAGGAGUCUGAAAUCAAGACGGGUGUAGCUGCCGGGACCUAG